GAACUUAUCAGCAAUGUUAAAUAAUAACAUGGGAAAGCAAACGACAGAUAAACUAGCAGAUAUCUUUAAAGAGAAUGGUUUGAGGGCUUUUGAUGACAUACAUGCUACCUAUGCCAUACUUAUAAGCCUGGAAUAUUAUCAGCUUUCCAAAAUCUGUAUACCAACCUACAUACUAGAUCUCCCAAUAGUGUAGAGUAAUUAUUUGGCAAAAAAACUGAACAAAUAUAGAUAAAUUAAAGGCCAACAGUGGCAUAUACACAUUCAAUACAGCAGGUGGCAGAAUGCCCUUUUGAAGUUAGUUUGAGAUCACAACAAGCACAGUGAGCUGACUAGAGAACCAAACAUGUCAUUGCCAAUGUGGAUGUCUUUCACCAUUUCAGAGGUAAACAGCACAAUUUCAAUUUCAAAUACAAGGUUUUGUAUGUAUGUUACUCAAAAUAAUAAUUACACAACAUUUGAAGUGUCAGAACUGUUCUUUGUCUUUGUUAACAAUAGUGAUGUCAGUAAUAUUUGGUUCAGUCAAUUAAUUGACAAUUAAUUGACUGAACCUAAUCUUAAUGACAUUGCAAUAUUAAAUCAUCCACCUAACUCACUAGAUAGUUGCCUUAUUAAAUGAACUACUUUUUAAAAUACUAAAAAGUCAAAGUAUCGUUAUUGGCUAGGAUAAGCAGGUUAGUAUCAAUAUGUAUCUGCUGAAAAAAUCCGUUAUGUGCUCAACUAAAAACAUGCUAAGUGUAUUUACCAUUAGACAACAAGUUAACUUUUCUGGGUAUUCAAAGUUACCUAUUUUUUUUUAAUUAGGUCACAAAUAAUACUUGUAUUCAUAAAAAUAGAGCCAAUAUACAAAUGGUUUGUGUUGGUUUGCCAAUCUCGAUCAUAACGCCAAUAUUACGCAUUUACGUACGACAUUCAUUUUGAUCAGCGCUACUUCCCGUAGCCUACGUCACACAUAACAAGUAUGGCGGCGCCCUCUGAGCUGCUGCUGUCGAGAGCGUCGGAAGAGAAGCGUUGAAACGCGAUUUCUGAACAUUUAUUAUCUAGAUUUUCUGGUCGAACAAAUGAGGAAGAAUUAAAGCUACUUGUCCUCCAGAAAUAUGGGUUUAGAGCGGUUGCUCUGCGGGGCACUGGAGUGUUACUCCAAACGACUUCGACUCGUCAAUAUUCAGCAAAAAGUCAGAGUCUUUCGAAACGUGUCGAUGUCCAACAUGGUUGCCUGUGCAGCAGGUCACGGCGGCAGGAUGUUCGUCCUCAAAAGCCGCCGCGGUGUCGCUCACAGUCUGCCGGCUGCCCGCCUCUGCACCUCCGCCCAGCCCUCCAGAGACGUCGUCCUGUUCGAGCACGACAGGACUCGCUUCUUCCGGCUCCUCUCGGUCUUCUGCGGUGGCCAGUUCCUCUUCUGGACAUCCCUGGGCCACUUCGCUUACACCGGGCUCAGAGACACCGGGAAAGGGAAGGCCGAGACGUCCACCACCACCACCGGACUCGCGGGGAUGUGGAGCUUUGAGAUGAACCUGGGGUCAAACACCUGGAGGUACGGCUUCACGCUGGGCUGCCUGACGAUAGGAGCGUGGAUGGUGGGGCUCGGUGUCCUGUUCUGCAGGCGCUCUGUCAGCCAGGUGGUUUUGCAUCAAGGCGGGAGGAUGGUGACCGUGUCCACACAGUCCCCUUUGGGACCAGGCCGAGGCCGGAGAAUCACAGUCCCUCUGUCACAGGUAGCCUGUCACGCUCACAGACACGAGUCCCCCUCGUUCAUCCCCCUCAGGAUCAAAGGACACAAGUUCUACUUCCUUCUGGACAAAGAUGGGACUGUGAACAACGCCAGGCUGUUUGAUAACACUGUUGGGGCUUACCGGCCUCUUUAAGUUGUUGUUCAUGACACUGUUGCUAAAACUGUAUUCAACACCAAUGCAACGCCGAUUGUGUUUUUACAUGGCUGCCAAACAAACAAGUCAGUUUCAUUGUCUCUUCAAUUAAAUGAAAUCUGAGAUCAAAUGUGGACUCUUUUUGGGUUCAUUUAGACAUGGGUGAGAUGCAUUUCAAAGUAUUAGUAGCAUGCCCCUUUUCCAGGUCCUUUAGUGUCAUUAAGGCUCCAUGUAUUUGGCAACACCUGGAAGGUGUGUAACAUUGUUCCAGAUCCAUCUUUUCUUAUAUGUUCACAUAGGUUAAGUUUCUUUCAUAUGUAUUGUCUACAUUGUUAUUCUGUACACACAUCUGGGAGAGGGACACCACCUUCAUGAAGUCUCCUCAAUUUCCUUACCACCGUUAAAAGUUUGAGAGUUUCUUCCCUUAUUUGCUGUGGACACAGUGUGCGGUGUAUGCUGUACAGAUUCUAAAGCAUCAUGAGGCUCAUGUAUGACUUGUGAUAUUGUGUUAUAUAAAUACAAAUUACUUGACUCUCA